UCUACACAGUUCACUUUUAAAUUUGACGCGAAUAUAUUGUCUCAACUGAUUUCCAUAAUGAAGCUAACUAUAUUUUCUAUGUGUUGUUCAGUAUUAGCAAUUAAUUUAGUGGACGGCGGGGUGGUCAAAGAAGAUAUAAAGCAUUUAGAUGUGAAUCAAAUUUGGGGAGUUUACAGUGAUGACACCAAUAAAGCUAAUCGAGAUAUUAAUGCAGCCAAUAACGGAGUACCUUUAGUGACACAAGGAAACUCAAAAGUAACUGAAACAACUCCGAUUUAUACACCGACCACGUUGGAAUCAAAAGUUGACCAAGAAACAACUACUGAAAAAGGAAGAGAGAAUUUCAAAGGAGGUUGUCAGACUGGCUACAAGCGAACCGCUGAUGGCAGAUGCAUGCCGGUUGCGUGAACAAUAAGAAAUCUGCUCUUAAACGAUAUCAAGAAUCACUGUAAAAGUUAAACCGUAAUGUAAAAAAUAUAAUCACAUUAAAUUGAAAGUGCUAAAUA